AUCGUGCAAGUGGUCGCGGCCAGUUCAGAACUCCCGGAUGCACAAGAAGGUCGAGGACAACAACCGCGAGUCGGACAUGGCGCUCACCAGUCAGCUGCUGGAAACGCUGCUCGACAACUACGACAGCACCCAGAGGCCAUGGCACGGAGUGAGGCCCACUAGCGUUACGGCUAACAUGCUCAUUCGAAGCAUGGGGCCCAUCUCGGAGCUCGACAUGGAGUACUCGAUGGACUGCUACUUCCGGCAGCGCUGGACCGAUCAGAGGCUCAAGUUCAAUGGCACCAUCAACCCGAUCAGCCUGCACAUCAAGAUGCUGGAGCGCAUCUGGAAGCCCGACACCUACUUCCACAACGGCAAGGGCUCCUACCUGCACACCAUCACGCAGCCAAACAAACUGCUGCGCAUAUUCCGAAACGGCGACGUGCUCUACUCUAUGAGGCUGACGAUUAAGGCCAGAUGUCCCAUGCAGCUUCAGAGCUUUCCGAUGGACCGCCAGUCGUGCCCUUUGACAUUUGGCAGCUAUGGUUACACAGCUGACCAACUCGUCUACAAAUGGGAUUCCACUCUUCCUGUGGACCUGAUACCGGGGCUCGCGCUGUCGCAGUUCGACCUCAUUAAUUACCCCUACCGGAACUCAACGUACAUCUUCAAUAACGGCCUGUUCUCGGUACUUCACGUCAACUUCAAUCUUCAACGGCAUAUGGGAUACUUCCUAAUCCAAGUCUACGUCCCCUGCAUCCUAAUUGUCGUGCUUUCGUGGGUCUCCUUCUGGAUUAACAGAGAAGCCACUGCCGACAGAGUUGGUCUCGGUAUCACCACUGUGCUGACGCUGUCCACUUUCGGCCUGGACACACGCACGGACCUUCCCAAGGUUCCCUACCCGACGUCCCUCGACUGGUUCGUCAUCAUGUGUUUCUCCUUCGUCAUCUUCACUCUCCUGGAGUUCGCGGGUGUCCACUACUUUACCAAGGUCGGCAGCGGAGAGUUUCCCCUCACGGAUGAAGAAGGAGAAGCCGUGCAACAAGAGGGCAUGGUCGGCGACUCCGACGUUGAAGAAGAUGAGAACGUGGACCUCUUCGUCCCUCUGUCCAGCAUCGAGGAGUGCACGUGCAGAAUUAGGAAAGACUGCGACCACGUCGUGGAGACAGAACCCGUGUCACACCGAGGUCCGGGCCGUUUCGUGGGCUACGCAGCUCCACCGGCGCCGCCUCCGCCGCCCUCUUCGCGACUCAAGCACAGGGUCCGACCUCUGCAGGAGGACGAGAGAUUGCACGGCGGUCUCCGGCGCGGCAGCCGCCGCCAUCACAACCGACGCCGCCACCACUGCUGCUCACAGUUCAUCAACUGCAUGCUGGGCAACGAGCGGUACCGAGAUGAAAUGCGCCGCCGCGCCGACCGCGGUGCCACCGUAAACAGCGUCUCGCAGAUCGACAAGGUGUCGCGCGUGCUUUUCCCGUUUAGCUUCAUCGUGAUCAACCUCUUCUACUGGUUCAGCUCGGGUCGCGACAGACCGGUCGGCUGGGAUGUGCAGGACAACGCGUGACGUUGAGGAGAAAGCGGGAAAGAAAGGAAACACGCGUUGCACUUUAAUCGUAUCUGGGAUUUACGGGCACGCGUGCUUCCAUAUCCUAAGGAGCGCAGUGGGGAGAAUCACGUGACCGGAUCAGAAACGCCAUGUGUGACGUCACACCAACGCCAAAGUUUAAAUGAAAGGUUAAGCCUAAGUUCGCAUAAGUAACGCUAUCCUACCAGCGUCAGUGGUUGACCCGUGUCACUGCAGGGCACCAGUAACCUACUCCGUGCCACCUCUCGGUUCUCACUAGUACUUUGCCAGCACCACUACCGCCGGAACCAGAGUCGACACCGACGUCCCGCUCAACCAAUGACCUUCUUGCUCGGGUCACGUGACUUCCCCGGAUGUUACGGCGACCGGAACUUCCGCUACUGCGCUCUUUAGGACAUGGAAGCACGCUGCGGGCCUCCGCUCUAGAUAUUAGGACGCAGACCCAGCUACUCGAUUAGUGGGUAUUCUCGACGCCUUAAAUCGCAGGCAAAAAUUUAGAUGCGUUGCCAAGGUAGCGAACGUUGAAAGUACCUUCGGUUUUCUGUUCGCAGUUGCGAUUCAGUGUCUAGUUUGCAGACUCGGAUCGCAAUAGCUUAUUGCGAUGUGGUGGAGCAUUUGAAAUCUGAAAGAAGCACGAUUUUUCAGCUUCGCGUGGACAUCCUCUGGGUGCAAUGCGUACCUUGUUCCGUUGAGGCAACGUAUGCGCGCCAUUGGAUACUUCAACAAUGAACUCGGGGUUAUGGUUGAACAAGUUUCUUCGUCGUUGGUCAGGACAUUUUGUUACCAUUAGAAGCAACCGUGUGCCGUUACCUAAGCUACUAUAUUAGUUCGACUUAUACGUUUCGUAUAACAUUUUAUUUAAGCCAGCACCUGUUGGGAACUACCGACGAAAAGCUUGUUUGUGUCAGGGCCUCUUUUUAGUGGAUAUGUUCAUCUAACUUCAAAAUUUGUCAUUGUGCAUACGCUGCUUCAGUUGUGCACUCCUUUCCAUCUGUAACUUCUGGGAACAGUUUUCACGUCCCCUGUCGAGUCAUGCUUUAGGAGACAGUUUUCGACCAGUGCUAUUUUUAUGCGUACCCGCCGAGAUAGGGAUCUACCCAGUAGUAGCAGUCGCGUCAAACCAGAGAAAAAUGGUAAACAAUGAUUUGCUGUAAAAGUGUGUCCCCGCCCCAUCUACCUACGCCGACGGCGGGUAAACAGUGUGACACUUUCAGUUUGAACGGGCGUAUGUAAGACAAGUCGCCGAUAAACAGCUGUUUAUGCUAACGCGCUUCAAUUUUACCGAUCGUUAGGAGGCUGACAAAGUGCUAUCUAUGCAGGAGUUUAAUUUCCACGUAGCGCAAACUAAUCCUUAACAAGAAGCAUAUUUUUUCCCCGCAAAUCUCGCGUGACGUCCCUUUUGUGCUGCGUCGAAUUGAACCAAGCAUAUUCAUUGCCAGAAAAACCUCUCAGCUUUAUACCUCGCCGUCACGUAUUGCCUAUGGUUCACUUUACUUUCAUUCAGGCGUUAUCCUUCUAUAAAAAGCGGUGAAGUUUGGUUUAGUUCUAUGAAUAUACCAACACUGGCCGACUUGUCACGCGUUAUGUGCCAAAAUAGCUGUAGCUUUCGAAAUGAACAGCGUCAAACAGUACUCUUUAUAAUACGCGGACUGUGGUUAUCCGUAUCGUAGCAGCGGCCCUUGCAACGCAUUUCAUAUCCACAAUAGUUGCUAUACGUAACAAUUAUCUGUAUACAUCGACAACUGAGAGAAGAGUGUCACGUUAUGCUGUAAACAGCAACAGGCAGAUACAACAUCGUUGACAACUUUUGUCAAAAGGUGCUUGUCUUCCCGUUAAGCUCUUUGCCUUUCGUGUCUAAUUUUUCACCCCUUCUCUCUCUUGGCAAUUGUUCAUUUUCUGGUUGGUAUUGGUACUCUAAGCUGUUACUCCUAGCGCUCCCCAUAACGAGCAGACACGAUGACGGGUACAGUGCAUGAGUUUUGCACAUUGAAGGCUCGUGGUUAAAGUGACCGUUCACCAUUGUAUACAUCGGAUAUCAGUCUUUAUGCAGUGGAAUGUUCAGUAGAUACACAGAGUUUGCGUGUAAAGCAUUUUCUUCUUUUUUUGUUCCGCUUACUGUGUGAUCGAGCCCUUGCUUAGCUGUGUUCAUGGUCACUCUCAAUUCUAUUAGCGUUGUCUCUUCCAGGUCAACUAGCGAGUUACGUGGACAGCGACACCUGCAAAAACUUAACAUAUGUAUGAUCGCAUGCCCAUUUCAUUUAGCUCAUUUCUUUAAGAGCAGUUGUAUGCAAAAGUACCAGCAUUCCUUGAAUUCGACAGUUAUUCUUUAUUCUAAUCGCUCAUUGUGAUAUGGGUCGCAU